GAGUGCGCGAAAUGCAAAGCGACAGAGGUUUAUUUCGGCGCUCAGUUUAACUUCUUUGACCACCCAGAGCCUGAGGUUGAAAGCAGUGACUUUACAGCUUUCCAGCUAGUGUUGGUGUAUUUUUUCUUUCUUCCCACUAAACCACCUCUUCUCGUCAUUAAUGGAAUACGGCAAGGAGAGAGUGGUGGCGUUAGUCGACAUGGACUGUUUUUACGUGCAGGUGGAACAGAGGCUGAAUCCGGCUCUGAGGAACACUCCCUGUGUGGUUGCCCAGUACAAGACGUGGAAAGGAGGCAGUAUCAUAGCAGUGAGCUACGAGGCCAGAGCCCAUGGUGUCACCAGGAACAUGUGGGUGGAUGAUGCAAAAACACGAUGUAAGGAUCUCCAGGUGGCACGAGUGCGCGAGUCUCAUGGCAAGGCAGACUUGACACUUUACAGGGAGGCGAGUGUGGAGGUGAUUGAGGUGAUGUCUCGUUUUGCUGUGAUUGAGAGAGCCAGCAUUGAUGAGGCCUACAUGGAUUUGACUGCUGCAGUCCAGCAGCGGCUGAAAAACAUGAGUGAUGAACAAAUAGACCAUCACCUCCUGAAGACCACUUACAUCCAGGGGUACCCGCAAAGCUCACCUCAGCUGGAAUCACCAGCAGAGGACUCUGUCAUAGAUAAAGAGGAACAACGGUCCAGAGGUCUCCUGCAGUGGCUGCCAUCCUUACCUGGCCCUUUAUCAGGGGGGCAGAGCUCUGCAGACCUGCAGCUUACUGUUGGGGCCCUCAUUGUUGAAGAAAUGAGAACUGCAGUGGAGAAACACACAGGUUUCCGCUGUUCAGCAGGGAUAUCCCACAAUAAGGUACUGGCUAAACUAGCCUGUGGUCUGAACAAACCUAACAGGCAAACUAUUCUGCCUUUGGACUCUGUUGCAGAACUUUUUAACUCUCUGCCCAUCAGCAAGAUUCGUAACCUGGGGGGCAAGCUGGGUGCUUCAAUUACAGAGACUCUGGGAGUACAGAACAUGGGAGAUCUCGUUCAGUUCUCUCAGGCCCAACUGGGACAGCACUUUGGAGAUAAAACGGGCCAGUGGCUGUAUGACUUGUGUCGGGGAAUUGAGUUUGAAGCUGUGAAACCCAGACAGCUUCCAAAGUCCAUUGGCUGCAGUAAAAACUUCCCUGGGAGGACAUCGCUGGCAACUAAAGAGAAGGUACAAUACUGGCUUCACCAACUGGCCCUUGAGCUGGAGGAGAGGCUGACCAAAGACAGAGAUGCGAAUGGUCGAGUGGCUAAGUUGUUGACAGUUGGCGUACGUCAGCUUGGUGAUAAGAGGGCGAGCAGCUUCUCUCGAUGCUGUGCUUUAGCUCGCUACGAGGCGACCAAAAUAUCCAGUGACAGCUUUGCCAUUAUCAAGAGUCUCAACACGGCAGGAAACCACCAGGCUGCAUGGACUCCACCCCUCACCCUGCUAUGCAUCUCAGCUAGCAAAUUCAGUGAUGCUCCCACUGCAGGAGGGAUUGCUGGCUUUCUUUCCGGUGAAGUCACUUCAACCCAGCCUCUCUUCUCCAACACACAGACCUCCAUCCAGUCAUCCUCUGAACCAAAAAAUGACUCUCCACGCAAACAACCUGGCAGCAUCCAGUCCUUCUUUAAAAAAGCAGCUGAGAAACAAAAACAAGAGGCGACAAAGGAUGUAGAUGAGGGUGGUGAUGAUUUAGGCUCCACAGGAUUCCUCACGUCUUCCUCCCCUCACAAAACCCCAGCUGCUGAUAGCCAGCUGGAUAAAGAUACCAGCUGCCCUGCUUCAACCAAAACUGGUCCACGCUCUGGCAUUUCCUCCUUCUUCCACAAGAAGAGCCUUGAAAAAAGCUCACAGGUCUCAGUCUCAACAAUACCUGAUCCUGAAACAGAACGAAUGCCUGAAUCUGUCAAAAACGAAGACUCUGGAGACACUGUUGCUUGCAUGUCAAGCCUGCAGUCAAACCAUACCUCAGAGUUUACAUCUCACCAGUCACCAUGUGAAGAAUUAAAGGAUGAAGUGGACGUUGAUCCAGAAUUAAAUCACCUUCCUCCCAGUGUGGCCAGAGAAGACCUGUUAAAAUGUGAACGCUGUGGUCAAGAGGUGUUGGUCUGGGAAAUGCCCGAACACAACGACUAUCACUUUGCCCUGGACCUCCAGAGUUCACUGUCUUCAUCCACAGGGUCAGCAGCCAUCCCUUCCUCUUCAUCCGCCGUCUCUUCUUCUUCUUCCUCCUCCAGUGCCUCUCUAAAUGCUCCCAGAGUUGGAGCAGCAGGCACAGCCCAGUCCUCCCGGGGCAAGACAAAAACCAGAGGCCAGUCUGGACCUCCGACAAAAAGGCACCGCUCCCAAGGAGGAAGUACAGGUACUCUGGAUUCUUUUUUCAAGAGGAACUGAAGAUGUGACACAGAACUGCAUUUUUAAGUAAAAUGAGAAACUAACUUCUGAUUACACACAUAUUUAUAGCAAAAUUUGUGGAAUAGGUAAUGUGAUUUGUUCUUGUAUUUGCUCAAAGAAUGGAAAGCUGUAUUCUUUUAAGAUACACUAGGACUUCUAAAUCAUCAAUGUUACUGUGCUUUAUAUUAUAUCAGUGUACAAAUUAAAGAAGACAAUGCUUAUUUAUUUGAUUUGUUAUAUAUAUAUGCUCUUGUGAACUGAAGUAUAUAAAAACAAUCUUACACUUAGUAAUAACGCACAAUAUGUUGUAGUACUCUGACACACCACCAGGUGCCAGUACUCACUUUAAUAUAGAAAAAAACAUCACUUGGUCAAUAUAAAGCUUUUUUAUGAAUUUAAGUAAUAGAAAAUUAUUGGUUCUGUGAAACAUUAUACAGUAUUGGAAAUGCCAGUAAAUUCAAGUGAUGUUGGUGAGCAGCUCAAACACUACUCUAUUUACUGUCGUGUUUAAUUAGAAAACAACAUGACUAAUCAGACAAACCCAGAGCACCGGUCACACUGGUGAUAAGACCUGCACAAACAACAUGAAGAUUCGACUUUAGUUUCUUUUAGACAAAUACAAAAAGUAGUAAUUCUGCUGCUUAGCACAACAACUACCUUUGUAACUGAAACUACAUGUGAAAAAAAAUGUGAAGGGAACUAAUAAGGUGCUUGUUCAAAAGCCUGUGAUUGAUCGUGAUCUACUUUAUUCAUUAGGACAUAAAUCAUGAGGAGCCACAGGUGUGUCAGACCUUUAACCAAGCUGACAGUAGGACCAGGAGAGCAAUGCACCCAUAAAGCCACCCUCUUUAUGUUUUUAUGUCGUGGUGAUUAUUGUUCUACGGUUCAUGUGCACUGAAAGACCUGAGCGAGUUGCACUGUCUUGUAUCAGAUGAGAAACAAAAUAGGAGGAGUCAUAUCAGGAAAUAAAGCCUUUUAUAAUUCAA